AUGACAAACUGGUCUCCGCAAGAAGAUGCAAACCUCAUUAGGCUUCAUAAACGAUAUGGUUCAAGUUGGGUUACUAUUGCACGGCACAUUAACACCAAAAGUGCGAGAGAAUGCGCUGAUAGAUGGCGCAAUGCACUUCGGCCUGGAAUAAAUUCCUCUCCUUUUACGGCAACAGAGCGCCUUAUGAUUAUAAGUCUGCAUGAUAUUCACGGACCAAGAUGGAGUCGUAUUGCCUCCCAACUCCCCGGACGCACUGCUCGAAAAGUGAAGAAUUUUUGGUACUCAAUGAGACGUGCAGAAGCUCAGAAUAUUCGUCAACAAAUGGCGAUAACUCGUCUACUUAAUUGA